AUGGCAGGUAUUCGAGGGCCUGACGUCGACUCGUCCCUUCAUGCCUGCUGCCGUAGUGGCCGCUCGCGAGUCAUGGGCCCCGGCCUCUGCUACUGGGGUGAGCCUGGCUCCGGGGCACGGUUCCGUACGGACCCGGGUGGUCGCUACCACGACGUUGGGGCCGUUCGCCAAGGGAAGGGAGGGGGUUCGGCUGCUCUGCUGACUGCUGCGGAGAACUCGCCGCUCUGCUCGAGUCGAGUAGGUAGAGAGGAGAGGGAGACAUGA